AAAAAACAGACACAUUUUCUUUGAAAUAAAUAUCCUGUAUUUUAAAAUACAUUGUCUUUUACAGAGUGAAUCAAUCAUCCAUUCUCGUUCAGUCAUGGCAAACACGAGUCUUCAGGUGAUGGGUCUGCUGCUGGCCAUCGCAGGCUGGGCGUUUGGGAUCCUGGUCUGUGCCGCCCCCUGGUGGCGAGUGUCGGCGUUCGUGGGGGACGAGCUGGUGGUGUCGCAGGUGCUGUGGGAGGGGCUGUGGAUGACGUGUCUGUCGCAGUGGGGCCGCCUGCAGUGUAAAAUCUACGACUCCGGCCUCGCCCUCUCAAGCUCCGCCCAGACGUGCCGCGGCCUGUGCGUGUUGUCGCUGCUCCUGUGUCUUCUGGCGGUCCCGCUCAGCGUGGCCGGGUUGAAGUGCACGCGCUGCCUCGGUGACGCUCACGAGUCCAAGGCUCGGAUGGUGCGGGUCAGCGCGGCGCUUUUCCUCCUAGCUGCAUUUUUCUUUCUUGUGCCAGUGUGUUGGACCGCGCAUGUCGUGAUACGGGAUUUUUACGACCCGAAUGUCGCCGCGCCGCUCAAGCGUGAGCUCGGACCGGCGCUCUACCUGGGAUGGGGCGUGACCGUGAUGAUGCUGGUGGGUGGGGCUGUGCUAUAUUUGGGCUCCGCCUCCCCUGGAGUUCCAGCAGUGCCUGUUUUUGGAAGAGGAGGAAAAGCGAACCCUCCCUCCACGGCAGAGAGCAAACCAGAGAAAGUUUUUGUGUAAAGGACAUCAACCUGGAUAAACUGUGUCCUAGUGGUCGCAUAGAACUUCAGGAAUUUCAUCAUUUACUCACUGUCAUUUCAUUCAAAAACUAUAUGUGGUUAUUGUUUUCUGUGGAACACAAAAGAAGAGUUCUGCAUAAACUUUAUGCAGCUCCUUUGAUUUGACUCUUUAAUAACCAUUCUCAUGGAAAUUUGUUUUUGGCCCCCCACAGAUGCAUACAGCGAAACACAAUCCAUACAGAGGAAAAAGGAACGAAAAAAAAAAUGUCUCCAAAUAAAACAACAAAACCUGAUAAAACAACCAAAAAAAGUCCAAAUGGCUUGUCUACUGAAGCAAUAUAAGAGCUUUGUGCAAGGAACAGACCUGAAUUUCCCAAAACAAGUGUGCCAGUAUGCGGAAUGGAGAUUUUCUAUAAAUAAUUACCAAAAUUUGAGUCUGUUCAUCACAAACGGCUACAAUAUGACUUAAGAAACUUUGGAAUGUGCAUAGAUUGCUUUUAUGACACUUACAAAACUGUUAGUACUUUCAGUCCUUGAUUCUGAUUGGUCAAUAGCUGUGUUUUAUUCAUUAUAAAACACGCGUCGACUACGACCGCUUCACCCAACGGUUCUGUUUCACUACACAACACCCUUAGCAACCACUCUUAGCAACAUAAACAUGUUUGUUCUCGUUGAUAUUGUCCAUUGAAGCUCACGAGUAUUGUGAGAGAGAGAGAUCGAGUGUAUGACCUGCAUUCAGAUUUAGCAUUUUCCUUCAGGUUAGUCCUAUGUUCGAAUGCCCACUGCAAUAUCUUGUCUUUUUAACGGUUAAUGGGCUUUCACGUGCUCUGACACUGACAGCGCUAAAAAUCUGUCAGUUGCGUCUUGCUCCGUGUUCACAACAAGUUUCAGUCCUUUCAAUAUAAAAGUCUUGUCUUCUGACUGACUCACUCACAAAGACAAUCUUUACCGCCAUUUAAUGGCGUAAUAAUGUAACUUCUGUGGAACUAUUUUUUCCAGCGGAAGGAAGGAUUUUAGUUCUUUUACUUCAUGAAAGUUGCAUUGAUACAUAUUUUUUUGGCUUUAAUGUUUGUAUUAUGUGGUAACCAUUUUAUAAAAGCAAUAAGUUACGAGAGGCUGUGCUGUAUCGUGAAUAAGUCACGGCUGAAGGGCGUUGUUAGGCAUGACGCUUAGUGCCUAACAACUUACUUAUGAUGCAUAUGUGCUUGACAGCUUGCCUACAUACCGAAAAGAACAGUCUGAUGCUUUUUCAAAAUUACUACUUUUGUGUGCUAGAAAGAAAUAAUAUAUGGGUUUAGAAUUAACGACGUGUAUUUUUAUUUAUAGACAGAAAUCUGACUCUGUCCUUCAUAGACUGAAUCUGGGUACAUUUCCAAUUCAUAAAGCCUUUGGCAAUUUAUUUUGAUUUCUAAUGAAUCUUUUAUAUGCUAUAUGGAGGUCAGUUUACUCUUAUUUGUUGCAUUACAGUCUCACAUAUUGUUUUUGUUUGUCUUUUUUUUCCAAUGCUUUAUUUAUUGAUGUGUUACUGUGUAUUGUUUGUCUA